AGCGGCUCCGGCGGGCGCCGCCGCGGCCAUGGACUGAGCGGCACCAUGGGCGCCAAGGAGUCCCGCAUCGGCUUCCUCGGCUACGACGAGGCCCUGCGGAGGGUUACAGACAUAGAACUGAAGAGGCUCAAAGAUGCUUUCAAGAGAACUUGUGGCCUCUCCUAUUAUAUGACCCAGCAGUGCUUCAUCAGGGAAGUUCUGGGUGAUGGGGUCCCUCCCAAAGUUGCUGAGGUUAUCUACUGUUCAUUUGGAGGAAUAUCCAAAGGGCUGCACUUCAAUAACUUGAUAGUUGGAUUAGUUCUACUCACAAGAGGCAAAGAGGAGGAGAAAACAAAAUAUAUUUUCAGCCUCUUCUCUAAUGAAUCUGGGAGUUAUGUGGUCCGUGAAGAGAUGGAGAAGAUGCUGCAUGUGGUUGAUGGGAAAGUCCCAGAGUCACUCAAGAAAUGCUUCUCUGAGAGUGAGAAGGUGAACUAUGAGAAGUUCAGGGUUUGGCUGCUGCACAACAAAGACGCUUUCACCUUCUCGCGGUGGCUGCUCUCAGGAGGGGUCUAUGUCACCCUCACUGAUGACAGUGACACCCCAACCUUCUACCAGACCCUGGCUGGAGUCACACACUUGGAGGAAUCCGACAUCAUCGACCUGGAGAAGCGCUACUGGCUGCUGAAGGCUCAGUCCCGGACCGGACGCUUCGAUUUGGAGACUUUUGCCCCCCUGGUGUCCCCCCCAAUCCAUCAAUCCCUGAGUGAAGGUUUGUUUAAUGCUUUUGAUGAAAACCGAGACAAUCACAUAGAUUUUAAAGAAAUUUCCUGUGGGCUCUCAGCAUGUUGCAGGGGACCCUUGGCAGAGAGACAGAAGUUUUGCUUCAAGGUGUUUGACGUGGACCGAGAUGGGGUCUUGUCCCGCACCGAGCUCAAGGACAUGGUGGUGGCACUUUUAGAGGUCUGGAAAGACAACAGGACAGACAAGAUACCUGAGUUGGACAUGGGUUUGUCUGAAAUCGUGGAAGAUAUUUUACAUGUGCAUGAUAACACAAAGCUCGGACACCUCACUCUGGAGGACUACCAGAUAUGGAGUGUGAAGAGUGCUCUUGCCAAUGAAUUUUUAAAUCUGCUUUUUCAGGUGUGUCACAUCGUUCUGGGCCUGCGACCUGCCACCCCAGAGGAGGAAGGACAGAUUAUUAGAGGCUGGUUGGAAAGGGAGAGCAGGUAUGGCCUCCAGCCAGGGCACAACUGGUUUCUCAUUGCCAUGCCCUGGUGGCACCAGUGGAAAGAAUAUGUCAAAUAUGAUGCAAACCCAGUUGUGAUAGAGCCUUCAUCUGUCUUGAGUGGAGGUAAGAAUCCCCUGGUAGCUGCUGCAGCCAAUACCCCAGAACAGGGAGAAGACAAAAUGGGAGGUCUUAAUGACUUCAGUGCUCCAGAAGAAAAGUUUUCAGAUAAUAUUUCCACUGCCUCAGAAGCCUCAGAGUCCACCAGCAGCAAUACUCUGUACCCUGGCAGCCCAGGCUCUGAGGUGAGCUUUGCAAGGCAGCACAACACUUCAGACAACAACAACCAGUCUUUCCUGGGCUCCAAUGGGAAUGCUCUGCUCCAGCUGAACCCCCAGAAACCAGGAGCUAUUGAUAACCAGCCCCUGGUGACCCAGGAGCCAGUCAAGGCUGCAUCAUUAACCAUGGAGGGUGGAAGGCUGAAGAGAUCCCCACAGCUGGUGGAAGGAAAGGACUAUGUCAUGGUGCCAGAGCCAGUGUGGAGAGCACUUUACCACUGGUAUGGAGCAAACCUGUCCUUGCCCAGGCCGGUGAUCAAGAACAGCAAGACCAACGUGCCAGAGCUGGAGCUGUUCCCUCGGUACCUGCUGUUCCUGCGGCAGCAGCCGGCCACGCGCACCCAGCAGUCCAACGUCUGGGUCAAUAUGGGCAAUGUGCCCUCCCCAAAUGCCCCUCUGAAGAGGGUUCUGGCUUACACUGGCUGCUUCAGCCGCAUGCAGACCAUCAAGGAGAUCCACGAGUACCUGUCGCAGCGGCUGCGCAUCAAGGAGGAGGACAUGCGCCUCUGGCUCUACAACAGCGAGAACUAUCUCACUUUGCUGGAUGAUGAAGAUCACAGACUGGAAUACCUUAAAAUCCAAGAUGAGCAGCAUUUAGUAAUAGAAGUUCGAAACAAAGACAUGAGCUGGCCAGAAGAGAUGUCUUUUAUAGCAAACAGCAGCAAAAUAGACAGACACAAAGUUCCUACUGAGAAGGGUGCUACAGGCCUGAGCAACCUGGGGAACACGUGCUUCAUGAACUCCAGCAUCCAGUGUGUCAGCAACACUCAGCCCCUGACCCGGUACUUCAUCUCAGGGAGGCAUCUCUACGAGCUGAACAGGACAAAUCCCAUAGGAAUGAAAGGACACAUGGCCAAGUGCUAUGGCGAUUUGGUGCAGGAGCUGUGGAGUGGCACCCAGAAGAACAUAGCCCCCUUAAAGCUGAGGUGGACAAUAGCAAAAUAUGCUCCAAGAUUUAAUGGCUUUCAACAGCAAGACUCCCAGGAGCUUCUGGCUUUUCUCCUGGAUGGGCUCCAUGAGGACUUGAACAGAGUUCAUGAUAAGCCAUAUGUGGAGCUGAAGGACAGUGAUGGGCGGCCAGACUGGGAGGUGGCAGCAGAGGCCUGGGAAAACCAUCUGAGAAGAAACAGAUCCAUUGUUGUAGAUUUAUUUCACGGGCAGCUGAAGUCACAAGUGAAAUGUAAAACUUGUGGGCAUAUAAGUGUUAGGUUUGACCCUUUUAAUUUUUUAUCCUUGCCUUUGCCAAUGGACAGCUACAUGCACCUAGAAAUUACAGUAAUUAAAUUAGAUGGUACCACUCCUGUUCGAUAUGGACUGAGACUGAACAUGGAUGAGAAGUACACAGGCUUGAAAAAGCAGCUGAGUGAACUCUGUGGCCUCAAACCAGAGCAGAUUCUGCUUGCAGAGGUGCACAGCUCCAAUAUAAAGAACUUCCCCCAGGACAACCAGAAGGUCCGUCUGUCCGUCAGCGGCUUCCUGUGCGCGUUUGAGAUCCCCAUCCCAGGCUCCCCCACCUCAGCAUCCAGCCCUGUGCAAACAGAGACCUCCACUGGGCCAUCAGCCAACGGAGCCCCCACCAUCCUGAUGAACGGGGACAUCCCCAAGCCAAGCCUCAUUCCCAACGGGAUGCCAAACACUGUGGUGCCAUGUGGGACAGAGCGCAGCUGGACCCUCAAUGGCCACGUGCCCUCGCUGUGUGACAGCCCCUGCACAGGCUACAUCAUUGCAGUGCACAGGAAAAUGAUGAGGACAGAGCUGUAUUUUCUCUCAUCUCAGAAGAACAGGCCCAGUCUCUUUGGGAUGCCCCUGAUUGUUCCCUGCACAGUUCACACCCGGAAAAGGGACCUCUAUGAUGCUGUGUGGAUCCAGGUUUCCAGGCUGGCCAGCCCCCUCCCUCCUCAGGAAGCCAGUAACCAUGCACAGGACUGUGAUGACAGCAUGGGGUAUCAGUACCCCUUCACCCUCAGGGUAGUUCAGAAGGAUGGAAAUUCUUGUGCUUGGUGUCCAUGGUACAGGUUCUGCCGUGGCUGCAGGAUCGAGUGCUCAGAGGACAGGGCCUGUGUGGGCAAUGCCUACAUUGCUGUGGACUGGGACCCCACCGCGCUGCACCUGCGCUACCAGACCUCGCAGGAACGGAUUGUGGAAGAACAUGAAAGUGUUGAGCAAAGCCGCCGAGCCCAGGCAGAGCCCAUCAACCUGGACAGCUGCCUGAGAGCCUUCACCAGCGAGGAGGAGCUGGGCGAGGAUGAGAUGUACUACUGCUCCAAGUGCAAGACCCACUGUCUGGCCACCAAGAAACUGGAUCUCUGGAGACUUCCCCCUAUUUUGAUCAUCCACCUGAAAAGAUUCCAGUUCGUUAACGGCCGCUGGAUAAAAUCCCAGAAAAUUGUUAAAUUUCCCAGAGAAAACUUUGACCCAAGUGCCUUUUUGGUACAAAGGGAUCCGAGUCAUUUCCAAAGGAAGCAGCUCACCCUGCAGGUUGAGAGCCUUCCUGAAGCACGGCCUGGCCAGGGGGACAGCAGGAAAGCAGAUGUGCAGAGCACUGGCACAGCAGGAGAAGGGGACACACUGAACAGGAGUCCAUCCUCCCUAAACACUUCAGUCCUCAAUAAUGUCAAAGCAUCUCCAUCCUUGGGGAGGAAAAGUGGAACCAGCUGCCCCUCAAGUAAAAACAGCAGCCCCAACAGCAGCCCAAGGACUUUGGGGAGAGGCAAAGGGCGCCUGCGGCUGCCCCAGCUGGGGAAAAACAAACUGUCCAGCAGCAAGGAAAACCUGGCUGCAAGCAGGGAGAACGGUGCUGAGCACGAGCAGGGGGAUGGCCUGACUAAAGGACAGGCCCUGGGGGGCAGCCAGAGCGAGCUGUACCCCGGGCAGGACAGCGAGGGGGCUCUGGCCAACGGGUACCUGUGGGAGCAGAGCUCGCUCAGCAACGGGCAGGGCGAGAACCACAGCGAGGACGACACCGCCGACGACCAAAGAGACAGAGACGACGUCUGGGUCAGCCCCAUCUACAACCUAUAUGCAAUCUCGUGCCAUUCAGGAAUUAUGGGAGGGGGUCAUUACGUCACUUAUGCCAAAAACCCGAACAACAAGUGGUACUGCUACAAUGACAGCAGCUGCAAGGAGUUGCACCCGGACGAGAUCGACACGGACUCUGCCUACAUUCUGUUCUACGAGCAGCAGGGGGUGGACUAUGCCCAGUUCCUGCCCAAGAUCGAUGGCAAGAAGAUGGCAGACACGAGCAGCAUGGACGAGGACUUCGAGUCCGACUACAAGAAGUACUGUGUGCUGCAGUGAGCCUGAGCUCCUGGGCUGGGCUGGGGGAGAAACCCUGGGAUGUGCCCCUGGGGAGGCCCUGACUGAGCCAGAGAGCAGCUUGUGGUUGUCAUUGUCCCCUGUGAGCUGAAAGCACAAAAAGAGCCCCUGGUUAAGCAGUUAAUAUCCAGUAGUAUUGUUUUGUUCUGUUUUCUCACUACAUGCUCGAAACGUUUCUGAUGUUGGACAUCUGAGACUGCCACUGGCCUUUAAAUCCAAUGGUUUGAGAAAAGCCAACUAGGACCAAAUAAGAGCUAAAUUAAACAUCCAAAUAAGAGCUAAACAGAGUAGUGUAGAGUUUACCAACUGUUCUAACACCCCCCGAGGCUCUGGUUAGGUUUAAGGUAACGGGGAAAAACAAUUUCUAGUGUUGUCUUUGGACAACAUGAUAUUGCUACCUCCUUUUUCCUGCAGUUUUAUUGCAUUUUAUUGGCAAAACAGGGAAGGCAAGAGAAGGAAAACUGCACAAAUGGAAACAAAUUAUUGCCAUGGGGAAGAAAAGUUUCCAGUUUUGCCACCACUAAUGUGUGUCAGUUGCUUUCUUUCUGUAUGUUGGGAGCACAACCAAAUCAUCAUUUGAGAGGAGAUUAAUUUCUACACUUGAAUGGUUUUAUUAUACUUGUGUUUUCUCCACGUGUUGGCUGUGCAGAUCAACAUGUUUCAGGAAUGGCUUUUCUGCCUGAAGAGUGCUGGCUCAAAGUUUUUUGAGCUGCCUCAAGAAGAAACUUCAGGUUGGAGAGAGUAGUUGUGAUUACACUCACGGUGUCUUAAAAUGUGCACAUUGCACAGAACGUUCCCAGCUUUUGGAAGGAGAGAUGCUUGAGCUUAUGUUUCAUGACUGGUGUUGCUUUUGAAAUUGCACUUUUGAAAAUGCAUCUGAUUCAAUUGAAAGCCACGUUUGUUUGGUUUUGUUGUUGUUGUUGUAAGGGCUCUGGAGUGAAUGGCUGUGAGUAUCCACUGUGUAUUUCCAAGGAAGAAGCUGUGGCUGUCAGGUAGCUGUCGUAGCAUUCAUGGAUGGAGGUUUUUUUUUAUUGGUUUCCUAACUCAGUUUCUUGUUUUCAAAAAAUUUGAUUGCCUUUUGAAAUUAUCUUCUUUUUGUUUGUUUGUUACACCAGGUUAUGCAAAUACUUGCAAUUAAACCAGACUUGCUUUCCAUGCCCUUGCAACAUGCUCUGUAAUUCAAGGGGCUUCUUGCAUGAAGGGAAGUGUGACUGAGUCUUAGCAGAGACUGGAAAAAAAGAGAGUUGGUUUUUUUUGAGCAGGCAUUUCUUUAAACAUUUUCAGUGUUAAAUUGUUUGCAUAUCUGAAUGAAGAUAAAAUUUUCACUCUUUUGGCCUUUUGUUCUUCAGCUGAGCUUAAGCAGCUUAUUAAUUUUGUCAUGCAUCAUCUUCCCAGUUCUCUAGAUUUUUGUACCUUCACUAACAAAACUGUUACUCACAUGGUUCUCUGCCAUUAAUGUUUGGAUUCAUUUUGGGGUGUUUGACAAGAAUGCCAGACCUUCAGCAGUUUAUCAUUUCCAGGAGGAUCUGGGGUUUAUCCAUGGAGGAAAUGCUAUCAGCUGGUGUGGCUGUCUGCUCAGGCAGAGCCCUGCCAGCCCGUGGAGGCUGUGCCUCUUUGGGGACAGCAGAUCUGUUCCAAAAUGAGUCUUGUCUUACCUGUCAGGUGUUGCUCCUUAUCCUCUAUGGUCUUUUAUCUUUAAAGUGGUCUGAACAUUGAGCCUAAAGAGAGGCAGACAUGACUAGUGAAUUUCUAGGUUAGAAGCUUUUUCAACACCCACUUGUCUACUCCUCCCUCCGCAAACUCCAUGAAAAGUGAAAGAUUUUCAACUGAUUUACUUUAAAAUGUUUUAUUUAAGCAGGUAGCACAAUCUACUAAUGUUAUUUGAUCUUCUGUGUUUGUUACAUUGGUUGUAAUUAAUUUUUUAAAUUAAAUUAAUUCAAGAAUUAGUAGUAAAUUUAUUAAGUUAACUAUUAACUACAUUCACUUUGUAAAUUAUUGUAUAAAACUUAUUGACAAUGCACUGACUUUAGAAAGAUGUUAAUGUACAUAAAUGCCUUGUAAAUAAAAUAGUGUUGAUGUACUGGAAUAUGAGCUGUAUUAAAACAAAGGUAUUGGUAAUUGUAUAUGGAGUGAACCUGUUUAUCUGUAACUAUAUUAUUCAAACAAAUUAAAUACUGUGGAU